AUGCUCAUCUUGUCCCUUUCCAUAUCCGUUUUCCUCUUACCCCUCCUCUCUUCGGCUCAGGACAUACAGCGACCUCAGACCGCCAGGACAUGUAUACCAUCAGGUAACGAGGAACCUAUCAACGCUGCAUUCUCAAGGGGAGGAGCAGGAACGACCGUCACACUGUGUUCCGGAUCAGUUCAUCGACUCAAUUCUUCUAUCCUUUUCACCGCUGAGAAGCAGACUCUAACGACCGAGAAUGAUGAAAAGGGGUUGAAUAGGGCGAUGCUGAUUGUGGAAGGUCCAGAUCAAUCUGCCGCUAUCAGGGCCGACUGUCAACAAUGUUCUUACGCUACUAUCAAAUCACUAAUAGUAGACGGGAAUAGACCUCAGCUACUGAGGAUACCGAAGGGUGAUGCAUUGAUCGAAGUUGGAAAUGCUGAGAGACAGGUUGUGAGGGAUUGUAAAUUGUAUGAACCGAGAGGAUGGAGCGCGUUACAUUUCCGUGAAGGUGAUAGGAAACAAUGCAGGUACGGUAAAGUCAUAAAUAACGAGAUUGGCCCCUGUGGUGAGGAAUGGGAUGACGACUAUGAUGGGCAAAAUGAACUGGAACCUCCUUUUGGUAAUCCCAGAUCGGAUGGUAUAAGUUUGGCUUGUAAAGAUUCACUAGUGGAAAAGAAUAUCGUAUAUGAUACCACAGAUGGUGCGAUCGUGCUCUUCGGUUCGGCAGGAAGUGAAGUGAGGAAUAAUGAUAUCUACUCUAGGACCAGGGUAGUUCUAGGAGGAAUAAAUUUGGUCGACUAUGACCCAUGGCAAGGCGACUACAUGCUCGUAAAUGUCCAUCACAACCAUCUUCACGCAUUUGGUCGAUUUUUCACAGGCGGCAUAGUCAUCGGUCCAUCGACAUGGUCGGACGAUACGGAGUCUACCGUUCACUCAGGAUCAGUCACGGACAAUUACUUGGAAGGUGAUCAUUUCGGUUAUGGUAUCGUUGUAUCGUCUGCAACAAGUUUCACUGUAUUACGAAACACCGUUCAUGACGAUGCGAAAUUUAGAGGUGUCAAUGGAGCUAGGUGUCCCAAGGCUCCUGAGAAUGGUAAACCCACUGCGUUCUUGAUCAAUAGGGGUAGUGCAAAGGGUACUUUCCAAGAUGAUUUUGUGAAUGGCGAAGUACAGCAUAUCAUCUGCGUGAACAUGCCUGAUGAGAAUGGGAAACCAUACAAACCGUGGAGAUUCCGGGAUUCAUCUCAAGCUAUAGCUGCUAGGGCUGCUUCUGGAGAUUCGUCAGAUCCCGUAGUGCAGGCUGCUUUCGACGCGAGAAUAGCCGAAGCAUUAGUAUCAUACCAAUUCGCCCUCACUUCAGCAAUGGACAUAAUCAAUGACAAGAUUGAAAAGAUUACCAACCCAAUUAACGAGGAAGACUUUGCAGUACCAGUGUAUAAGCACGAACAUGAGAUCACCGCGGAGAACAAGCAGAAAAAGAAACUAACGAGCUCAGGAAAUAGGGAUAUAGAUGAAUUAUCAAACAAGUUGGAAGCUUUAGAGCAGAAUAGUAGGAAAGUGAAAAAGAACUUUGAUGGAUUGAAAUUAGAUUUCGAAGGGUUGAGCGGGAGGUUGAAGAAAGGUGCUGACGAUAAUAAACCUAUCAUCGAAUCUAUAUUCAUCAAAGUCCAAAACAUCCUAUCGGGAACUACACCGUUAAUCAGUAGUGGGAGUAGUGGUAGUUCCAAGCACUUUGUACAGAGUGGUAACUCGACUUUGAGAUCAAGUGGGACAUUCGAUUCUAUACCUUUCGGUAUAUUCGGUGCCGUCGUUGGAUCAUCAGCGAUCUUGUUGGCGGCUAGUAAUCUGUUUAAGAAGUUUAGGAAAAGAAGAGGUAAGAGUAAUAAAGCGAUAUAG